AUGGACGGCUUCUUCUCUUCGCUAUCGUCGAAUGCGCUCCCGCACGACGGCCUACCUCACUACUCUGCAGUCGGGCUCCCCACAGCCUCCAGCGUUAUAUCUCUUGGUCUGACCGCUACGACCAAUGGGUCAGACGUUAUCAUCCCUCAAGUUUCCACCUGCGCUGCCUCUUCGAUCCCUCGCACGGAUUGUCAAUCUGUAACGCUUUCGUCGAGCAGUAUCAUGGCAACGGUCUUGGGCGAUACGGAGCCGAGACCGUCAGGUAGUGAACAGACUGGGGAAAGUCGCAGCAUACCGCCAUCCAUGAGCGCCCUUGCUCAGUUCACCGCGGACGUCGCCGAAACCGUGGCCUCAGUCGACUACACAGGCAUCACGGCGAAAAAACGUGGAGAUACGUGCUGGCGUGUGGAUCAGUCGGGUCCGACCCCGUGUUCAAAAAGAGGCUCCCCAUCAUCGACGCAGCAGGCUGCUGCGGAGAUAUCUUCCAAUCUUCGUCAGCGCCAUCCAGUGAAACACGAUGCAAGUUCUCUUGACAUUUUGCCUCGUUGCACUCUGGACACGCUAGUAUCUCCGUCACAUGUGUCUAUAGUUGAUCCUGAGGCAAGCAUCACCGAGCGUCAAAGAAACCACCCAGACGACUCCCAUGGAGUGGCCCUUCUCAUGCUCACCAUGGCUACAUUGAGUGCUGUGCCGAUAUCAGUAUGCGCCACGGCCACAGAAGCUCACAGCUGCCCUGUUCUUUGGAGUGUGGCUUUUAUUUCGGGUGUUGCUGCUCUCGCACUCUCACUCCUCGGCCUCGUAUGGGCCUUGAUCCAUCCCUGUGCGUGCGAACAACGCAUGCUCAGACGGACUCUUGCUUCCUUCGUUGCCUUGCUCGCGCUUCUCAUACUGGCAAGCUUUCUUUUGUUGACCCUCGCCUCUCAACCCUGGCUUCUAGGUCCACACUAUGCUCGCAGCCCCCGCGCGUAA